UAGUAACUAGCCAAGGCCGAGCAAUUUGCUUUACGAGUACUAUAUAUUAUGUUAUAUUACUAGAAGCACAAGUACUUAGGAAAGGUAUAUGUGUGACCCUGUUCUCCACGGCAUUCUGCACGAAAGCAGAAAAAAGAAAAAGAGCAGGCGAUAUUAUUAUUUAAAAUAUGAUAAUAUUACUUUGAUAUAUACGUACUUAUGUAGAAUAUUGCCGGGUUGCAAUGCAAGAGCUAUCCUUGCCAGAAUGCCAAGUUACCCAGCAACACAUGCUGGCAUGCAUGCAAAAAGUUCCAUUUGUAAUGUAAACGUACUGAGAAGAGCAAGAAGCCACACGCUAAGCCAGCAGCUGCCGGCGAGCCGGGCGGCGGAGAGAGUGCCGGGCGGCGAUGGCUGAGCUCGCGUCGGGCGCCGUGAGCUCGCUGCUGGGCGUGAUCGGGAACGAGGCGCGGCUGCUGCGCGGCGUCCGUGGCGACGUGCAGUUCAUCAAGGAGGAGAUGGAGAGCAUGAACAGCUUCUUGGUGCACCUGGCCCGCACGUCGCACACCGGCGGCGAGCACGGCGUGCAGGUGCGCACGUGGAUGAACCAGGUCCGUAUCCUCGCCAACGACUGCAACAACUGCAUCGACAAGUACGUGUACCGCGGCAACCCCGACGUGCACCUCCGCAGGAGCGGCCUCUUGCGCUACCUCCUGUGGCCUCCAUGGUUUGUGAGGAAGAUGUUCGCGCAGCACGACGCCGCCGGCCAGCUGCGGGUGCUCAAGGACCGGGCGCGGGAGGUCGGCGAGCGGAGGAUGCGGUAUGACGUGAAGGUCCUGUUGAAUAAUUAGACAAAUUCCAAUCUAAAUUCCGAAUAUAAAUCAUGACCAA